GCACCGAGACGUAUGCCGCACGCACCGCCGCAUCGGCAACCGGGGACCGUAGGUGUCAUAAUAUACACGACAGGUGGUGACGGAGUAGACAAAAGUCGGACGAUCUUCGAGCGAUCGGUCAAGUGUCGCGCGAGCUCCCGUCGAGCUGACAAGCUUCGAACGUCUUGAGACAUCCGGGGUCGGAAGUAAAAAAAAAAAACGAUAAGCGAUAUCGCUCGUCGAACGAUUAAUCAGUCAUCUCAAACGCGCGUUCUCGCAUUCUGAAAAUCGUACCGUACCGCGGAUCCCUCGAUCUUGGACAUAAGUUUGUCGAAGUAUCCGAGAUCGAAAUUGUCAGUGACCGGAGAGGGUCGUGGCGCAAGGACGCUCAGGACGAGAAACCGGACGUCGAAUCUCGCCUUGGGAGAAAGUGAAGGGCUCGUCUAACCGAAGUCUUUUUCGGCUCGAAAGAUCGAGAGUGUUGAAAUCGCAGCGCGUGUAAUCGCAGCGGGCGUCCCUCGGACGGACGGAAAUUACACGGUAUUUGUAAAACGGCGACGUGCGCAGGGAGCCCGGGCGAGCUGUCGUCGAGCGGAGCGCGCGCCCGCGCCAGAAGUGGAGGACCUGCCUUUAUCGUCGGCCCCGGGGGUCUGCCGUUACUACUGAAACGCCGGCGAAUAGAUUGUCGCAAGUAGAUAAAGCCGUGUGGAUACGCUCCCCCUUUUGCAACAUCGCAUUAUUAUUCGCGCGGCGGCAGACACCGUAAUUGUGCCGGGAAGAUGAAGGAUCUCAUGGUGAUCUGGAACACCUUGUCGCGCCGGCCGAUUUACUCGUCGGUGAACAUCAACCCUAAUGGCGACAAACUGGUCAAGCAGGACGAGACAAGGACGCUGGCGAACCUUCAAAGAAAGUCGUCAGUGGUGGUGAACAAAUUCUUCGAUGCCGCCUUACCAGUUCAUACCGACGACAGGCGAAGAUGGUCGAGAAAUAUCUUUAUGCUGAUGAUCCUCGGCCUGCUCGGCCUUACGUGCGGCUGCCUCACAAUGCUGUUCCACCCUUACGACGCGAUCUUCAGAUGGAAGGUUCCCUUCGGCGAGGGCGGCGAGACCUUCGAGUUAUGGCGGAAGCCCGAGGUCGAUAUCUACAUCAAGAUCUACCUGUUUAACGUGACAAAUCGCGACGAAUACCUGAGCGGCAAGGAGAGCAAGCUGCGAUUCCAGGAAACUGGGCCCUACGUGUACAAAGAAUUGUUCGAGCAUGCGAAUGUGGUUUUCAAUGACAACGGUACAUUGUCGGCGAUACCGGUGCAUCCAUUGAGAUACGUACCGGAAAUGAGCAACGGCACGGAAGAGGAUCUCGUAAUAAUGCCGAAUAUUGCGCUGUUCAGCAUCACAAACUUGAUGAAAGACACCUUGUUCAUGUCCAGGUGGGGCCUCAACGUGCUGAUCCGUCGGACGAAUACUCAACCUCUGAUUCAAAUGACCGCACAUGAAUUCAUGUUCGGCUACGAGUCAACUCUCGUUACCCUUGGCAAUCACUUAAUGCCCUCCUGGAUCAAGUUCGAUAAGCUGGGAUUGAUCGAUAGGAUGUACGACUUCGAUGGCGAUUUCGAGACGAUUUACACAGGAGAGACAGAUAUCCGGAUGACAGGCUUGAUCGAUAAGUAUAAUGGGGACACGAACCUACCGCAAUGGACUGGCAAAUGCGCGAAUGUGCACGGCGCGAGCGACGGCGUUAAGUUUCCGAGCUACAUCGAGCCUAACGACACGCUCCUCUUCUUUCGCAAGAGCCUCUGUCGAAGCGAACGACUGGUACGAGACGGAGAGAAGGUGAUACAAGGCUUGCAUUCGUACAAAUAUAAGUUCAUGGAGAACGAAUUGGAUAACGGAGCGGUGAAUCCAGAGAAUAAAUGCUUCUGCCGGAAAGGACACUGCCUGAAGGCGGGUUUAAUCGACGUGACCGAUUGUUACUACGGAUUCCCAAUCGCACUGUCGUAUCCGCACUUUUACAAGAGCGACCCGUCGCUGAAGGAGGCCGUUGAAGGACUGAAUCCCCAGGAGGAGCUGCACGAGUCCUACUUUUUCAUUCAACCGACGUCCGGGAUACCCAUGGAUCUGGCGUUCCGAUUCCAGAUUAACAUGGCUCUGCAGAGUAUCGGACACAUGGCCAACGUGGAAAAGUUCUCCGACUUGACGCUUCCGUUACUGUGGUUCGAAAUUGGAAUGUCCAAGCUACCGAGUAGCAUGAACGUCCGUUUCUGGUUUUAUCUGAACUUCAUGCCGGUCGUGGAAAAAAUAAUCAUGUAUUUACUGUUCCUUUCCGGGGCGGUGUCGCUUGUCUGGAGCGUCGUGAAGAUACUGUCUCACCAGACACAAAAAUCGUCGUCGGUGUGGCUGGAAAUGGAGAGGAAGCGACAAAAGGCGCAGAAUGCGCAGAUCGACAAGCAAGCCAAUCCGAAGGCGAAAGACACGGACGUGUACAGCACGCUUUUGACCUCCGGCGAUCUGAAUAUGACGUUAAUGGUGUAAUUAUGUAUUAUAGUGAUCGAGCUGUAAUGCGAGCGGACAGUACAUUAUUUCUUCAAUAGCUUUCUGGCCAUUAUUCUUAACUAGUUGCCAUUGGCGAAACAGUGAAAAUAUAGUAAAGUAUAUUAUUUUGCUAUAACUAUACACUGUUAUACUUAAUAUAUUAUUGGAUGCCCGCGGUGAAUAGAUACAAGUUAAAGUGAUGUCAGGGUAUCCAAAGUCACAUGAUUCGAUUUAAUCGAUUUCGAUUAAAUCGAUACAUAAGCGCUUCCAUUUUUUUAUACUUUUGAUAUAUCUGACAUUGUUAUCUAAUAAUUAAUGAAAAAAAUAUUUUUUGAAAUUUUCCUCCGAUCAUUUUUCGGUACUUCGUGUUUUCGACAACCAUCGUUAACAAUUGUUAUGAAAAUUGUUUUUCACAGGCUAAACGUAGUUUAUAGAUAUGUAAUUUUAAUAGCAAUGUUAUUUGUCUAUCUACGUCUCUCUAAAAUUGAACAAAGCUUGUUUGUAACAUUUUAUCAUAGUUUAUACGUUAAGUUACAAGACGUAUCAUAUACUAUGAUGUUUUACUUGGUACAGAAUUUUUUUAAAAAUUCAAUUUUUCCUGUUUCUUUCCCUUUUAAGAAAAAUAUUUUUUUAUAAUAAUUGAAGAGUCCUUUAAAAAAAAAAUUUGAUUUUUGUUGAAAAAAAUUUUGCAUUGAAUUUUUUUUAAGGAAGAAAUGCUUAAUACAUACAUUCUGUUUAUAAACAUUUUACCUUCAUCGAUUUGAUGUAUCACAUAAUUCUUAAAGGAAUGAUCUAAGCAGUGAUCUAAGCAUAUGUUAAACAACCCAAGAAGUAAUCGGGUUGUCUACGUUGGAAUUAUGCGCAAAAACUUUUACGAUUGGCAAGAAAAAAAAACAUGUUAUUUACCCAUUGCAGUUGCAAUAAAAAUUAAGAAAAAUUAGAAUGGAAGAAAGAGAGAAAAGAAGAAGGGACACAUAACAUCGCUAUUACAUCGAAGGUAUUUUAUGUGCGCUGAAUCAUAUCGUUACGUAGUCGGAAUCAUGUUAAUCUUAUUGGAAUAACGGUCAUCUGUUAUUUUCCAUUUCAUUUCUAUCCUUUACUUUUCGUAGAAAUUAUAUUAACUUUUCUAAAUCAAACAAAUAAUAAGAUAAUUAGAAUUUUUAAUUAUUUUUAAAAAGGAGUAAUCUUUCUACGUAAACUUCUUUUAAAAAAAAUCUUUGAAACUUUUUCAUGAUGACUGCGACAUGAAGAUACCCCUGUAGAUAUUCAUACUAAAUAUACCAAUGGUGCUUCAUUAUUUCAUGGAAGUAAACUUCCAUUGUUGUGCGUCAAAUAAUAUGACAUGCUAGUAAUCAUGUCUGUGAUUGUAUCGUUUUGCUCUCUCUUAUUUCGGAACAGUAUUUUCUUUUAAAUAUGACAUAAUAUAGAUGUAUUCGAUAAUGUAUACAUAACAUAGAGGAGUACUAUGUUAACAUAGGAAUACAUCGAUAUAUGUAUUUAGCGCUAAGUUCGAUUCAGGGCGUAUUACGGAGGCUGUUUGGAAUGACUUCCGAUCGGAAUGAUUCCAUUUUCUUGGGAAAAUACAAUAGAAAUCUAUGGGGAAUAUUUGAACAAUUUCAAAUGGAAUUGAAAUCCAUUCCGAAUAGUCUCACAAUACGUAGUAGUUAAUAGACAUUAAAUUGACGAUCGCUCAAUUUCUACACAUAACGUAUGUUUAGAACUAGAGAUAAUUUAAUAAAUUUCCAUUAACGAAUGACAAGACAAAGAAUGCAUUAAAAGAAUCAACGUAAAUUUAAUGAUUUUAACUCUUUAGAAAAUUAUAAUAAGGCCGAUCACUUCUUAAAUGCGUAUAGUUAUGUAUUGUAUUAUCGUACACCGCAUAAAUAUCUGCAAAUUAGUCCAUUUAAUAUUACCACUUGGAAACGAGUCUUUUAAUUUAUUCAACUUUCCAAUUUUGUACUUUCUUCUCUUGUUUACAAUAAGUACUUUAUUUGCUGAAAACUUGCCAUUUGUCAAAUGAUGGCGGAACUACCGUCGUUUCAUUGGUCUGAAAUUCCACAGAGAUAUUCCAAGUAGUAAUAUUAAGCGACUGUAUAUCCAGAGAUACACUCUGUAUAUCCAGAGAUCUCAAAUACAGGGCCCAUGUGUCACAUUAUAGAACACUUUCCUCUCCACAUGGGCAAAGCGAUUCACGAUUGUCGUAACGCGAUCUCAUGGCGAGAAUGUGCGGAGAGGACAAAGUCGACUUGGACAUCGUUCAACUUGGCCUCUUUUCCCGCAAUGUAAAUUAUUUUACGUAUUAGCUCUAAUAGUUUUUGACCGGACGACAUUUGGCUGCGCCAAAUAUUUAAGUUAUCACCUAAAAUCGGAACUGGGAAUAGCCCAUCAUUCAGCUUCUGUAAUGUGACAUAAUGUGAGUCAAUGACCCUUGCUAUACGUAUAGUGAUAUGCAUAAUUGUAAUUCGCAUCGCAGUGUUUUUUUUUUUUUUUACUUCAAUUGUAAAUAUGUAAAUAAAGUGUGAACUAUUAAAUAUGAACGUGCACCGCCGAGAUGUUACUGAAAAAAUUUCGCACGUGUCUUUAAUGCUAAACACGAAUUGUAAAAAAAAAAAUAACGUAGAUAAGACCGUAUCUAUCUGUCACUUGUAAAAAAAACUUUGUUUUUUUAUGUUUGUUAUUUCUUGUGAGAGCCAGCAAGAAAAUUUUGCACUAUAGAGGAGUAGCAAAAGAGUCAUUAAGUAUAAAUCAUAAAUGAAUAUAAUUAAGUACAUAAACGAUAGACAGUUCGCUGUAAGAGGUAUUUUUAUCCGAAAUGUCUUGCCUUAUUUAUUACAAAUAUUAGGGAUAUGAAUUUAAUAUCAAAUGUAUUAAUAAUGUGUACUAUGUAAUAAUUAAGUAUGUGCUCACAAUUAUAUGUUUAAUAAAAUACGUGUUAGACAUAAGAAUAGGUUUUCGUAAUGUUAUUUGCAAGUAUACGACAUACAUUUCAGAGAAUGUCUCUUUUUUUACAUUUAUUAAGUGUGGUGAUAUAUCCUAAAAAGAAGAUCUAGAUGUGUGAUAAUAAUCAAGCUGAAUGAAAUAUAUACAUAUA